AUGAUUUGGAUCUUUCAGCUCUCUACAUCCUUUGUGUCCUUCGUGUCCGUGGGCUUUGGAAGUGACGUGGCACGCAGGGCAUGCAGGGCACGUGUUGUCAUGUCCGCAGGGACCAGUGUAGAGGACCAAUCAUUGAAGCAGCGGAUCUUGGAGUAUCUGAAAGCUACUGGCGACUGGGUUCCUUUGUCUACCAUUGUCAAAGUGUCAAAGAAGUGGGGCGCGACAAAAAAAAAGGACGUGAAUCGCUGCCUCUACGCGCUCAAAGACCAGGGCCUGGUGGAGCUCAUCACAACGGAGAACGCCAAUCCGCAGUGGAAAGCCCUGGCUCCAGGCACUGGCGGUCUCGACAAAGGAGGUGUGGAUGUAGACCCGACGGAAAAGAUCAUGGAUUAUUUCCGAAGAACUGCAGGGACUGAGAGCACUUCUUUGGCCAUUGCCAAAGCAGUGAUUGGAAAGGAUGGCACAGCAUCAAACGUCAACCGCUUCUUAUACUCACUUAAGAACAAGGGUCAAAUCGAGCUCAAAAAAAAAGAUGGAAAACCAUAUUGGAAACUUGCAGGCGUCCAAGGAGACCAAGAUGCUCCAAAAAGACAGACGCACAUUUCUCAAGUGGAUGAGGAACUCUUGGAAGAAGUUCGCAAAGCUUUGGAAGGGCAGAAGAAAUUCCGAGACUUGGCUGCCUCCUUGAAGCCGGCAGAACCUGAGGACUUUCACAGAAAGCUGGAAGAUGUGUUGGAUUUGGUUCGGAGCAAAGCCAAUGAGUGCCUUGCCAAUGGUGCCAAGGCAGCUACACUUGAACUCAUUGGCUCAGCCGCAUAUGGCGUUCAGAUCAACGGCAGUGACCGGGAUUAUGUCUUGAGGCUCAAUGAGGGUGAGUCUGGAAGAAUUUUGCCUGAAGACUGGAAUUAUUUUGCGGAGGAACUGAACCAGAGUCUGAAAGAGUCAUUUGGAAAAGACGCGUGCGUUGUUCUGGGAAAAAUUGCCAUUCAAGUCUUUGCUCCGGGCUUGCCGGAGUUGCAAUUCGUGCCCUCGAAAGGAGAUUUCGAAUAUGAGAAGGUGCCAUACUCCAACCUUGUGGCGGGGACCAAAUCCGGCUUUGGGCGCGAUAAAGUUCAUAAAAAUAUCACGGUUUUUUUUGAGUCCUACCCUGGAGCGAAAAACGCAGCAGUGGUGGCAAAGGCUCUGUUUAUCCCUGCGGUGGCUGAUCUGAACAAAGAACCGUGGAGUUUGAUUCUGACGCACAUACUAUAUCGAGAAGCUUCGCGCCGCAAGAAACGAAAAGCAAGCUGGGAUGAGGAUGAUUGGGGCGGAAAGGAUGAUUGGGGCGGAACGGAUUUGUUCCGGCUACUGAUCCGAGACCUCGGUUCCUGGCCAACGGACCCACAGGCUUCUUCGGUCGGAAUGGCGGCGAGAUGGGCCAAGAACCCGGAAAAUCCGAACGUUCUGACUGCUCUUGACACAUGGGCUGACAUCGCUAGAGAUCUUCAGGGAGGAAAAGGACCUUGCAGUCUCCUGGAAUUCAGCCGCGUGACACGGGCGGCGCACUCUGAGAAGCGUGUCAAAGAAAUGAAGAGCGCGCGAGUUGUGCGUCCUUUUGAUUUCUACAUCCAUGCUCCGGACCGUGCUGCUCCCACCACUUGUCAGCUGGCUUACAGUCGCCGCUCCACCGCGGUGUCCGCCAUGAAACGCGGGCACGAGGAUGUGGGCCAUGCGGCAGGCCCAGCCACGUGGCGGAAAAGGGAGGGCCCCAAGAUGAAGUAUUGCCUCAAGGUGUUGAUCCCGGACGUUUUUGCCAGUUUUCUUCUCCGAGACAAGGGAUCCUUAAAAGACGAACUGCAACAGGAGUCUGAGAGUCGCCUGGUCUUUAGCAACAAGGGCGACUUCUUCCCUGACACCCAGUUGAGGGUGUUGGGAGUCUAUUCAGACGUCUCCGAUGGGGUGACCAGAGCCUUAGAUCUGAUCCUAGGCAAGAUGCGUGAGCAUUGCGCCGAGGACGAGUCGGUUCGUCGUCAGCCUCCCCCGGGCUGCGAGAUGGUGGGGAAGGAGGAAGGUGAGCUGAUACUGCGCCUGGUCCUUUCAAGAGAAAUGACCGGGCUGCUGAUCGGCAGCCAGGGUGCCAACAUCAAGGAACUGCGACGGGACAGCGGCUGCAAGAUCAACAUCCGCGACGAUGCAGUGGCUGCACAUCGCCUGACGACCCUGAUGGGUUCGCCUGAGCAGCUGCAGAUGGCCCUGCAGAAGCUGGCGGAGAAUAUGAAGACCGAGGCGGAGACCGAGUCCGAGGAGUUUCAACACUAUCAACGUGUCAUCAAUUUCGGUGAAGAAGGCGCAGGUUGGGGCUACGGCAAGGGAGGCCCUGGACCUGGUCAUGGAGGUAGUGCAAAGGGCGGUGGAUAUCCUCCCCACUCGAACUUUGGGCCAAAUGUCUCAGGCGGCCUUGGAUUCUUGGGCCAGGAUUUGGAUUCCAUGCCUCCUGGAACAGCUGAGCUACCCUAUUCGAUUAGUUGCGCUUUGCCGGCGCAGUUGGUCCCUGCCCUCAUUGGUAGAUCUGGUGACUUCAUUCGGAGCAUCGAAGAACGCACUGGAGCCAAGGUGGACAUCGCGCGCGAAGGGGUCGAAGGCUACAGGAAAAUGGAGUGUAUUGGCCCAUUGGUAUGCAUCUAUGCCGCCCACAGUCUGAUGAUGCACCGUUUGCAGGUCCCAGCAGUCCAGCGCAGAUCAAGUUCCGAAGUGGUGCUGCCAUUGAGGAGCCGCAAAAAAUGA